AUGGGAAGAAAUAAAAUAUCUAUUGAAAGAAUUGCAAAUGAUAGAAACCGUCAAGCCACAUUCACCAAAAGAAAAAAUGGAUUGAUAAAAAAAGCGAUGGAGUUGUCUAUAUUAUGUGAUUGUGAGAUUGCUUUAAUUUGUUUUAACUCCACUAAUAAUAAGAUCUUUGUUUAUUCAUCUGGAGAUAUAGAAAAAACGUUAUUACGUUUUACAGAAUUUACACCUACUCAAACACCUUUAACUAAUGCUGAUUAUCCUCGUUUUAGUAGAAAAAGAAAAGGGGCUAAAGCUGGUGAAGAAGAAGAUGAUACAGAUGAAGAAGAUGAAAAAAUUAAAGUUGAACAACCAAAUCAAGUUCCAAAGAUCAUAAAUUCAAAUCAACCAAUCCCAUCAGUUAAUUCACAGGGACCAUCUUGUUUCCAACCAUUUAGUCAAAGGAUGAUGGAUAGUAGAUUACCAAAUCAAUGUGUUUCAAACCCACCACCUCACACUUAUUUAGAUGUUCGUUCACAACUAGAUAGAAUAAAUACAACAGUACAACCUCGUCUUGACUCAUUAGAUAUGAUGGACACAAGACCUCCUAUGGAUCGUCCCCUCCCAACAAUGGAUAGAGCAAUAGAUCCACGGACACCGUACCAAUAUACACCAUACUCUAGAAGGUAUGAUCAAGAUUAUCAAUAUGCAUAUAGAUAUCCUGACACCACAGAAAAACCGUUCAAUCAUUUAGAUGAUAAAAGUUCAAAACCUGUUGAAGUUCCAAUAGAAGAAAAACUACCAAAAAAGCCAAUUGGAAGUGAUUGA